AUGUCUCCCCCAAUUGCCACCUUCAAUGAGUUUGAUGGCUUUACCAGUACUAAGGGCUUGAAAGAUGUCCUCCCAGAAAUCAAGAAACCUGUUGCCAAUGGCCAAGACAGCUAUACCAAACUUCUUGACGACUUUGGUGGAAAAUGGGAUUCUUUCACAUUUGCUCCCAUUCGAGAGUCACAAGUAUCUCGUGCCAUGACCAAGCGAUAUUUUGCCGACCUCGACAACUAUGCUGAAUCAGAUAUUGUCAUUGUUGGUGCUGGCUCUUGUGGUCUCUCCGCCGCUUACACUCUUGGAAUGGCUCGACCAGACCUUAAGAUUGCUAUCAUCGAAGCUUCGGUCUCCCCUGGUGGCGGCUGCUGGCUUGGAGGCCAACUCUUCUCGGCCAUGGUCUUGCGUAAGCCUGCGGAGGAAUUUUUGAAUGACAUUGGUGUCCCAUAUGAGGACGAAGGGAACUAUGUUGUUGUCAAGCAUGCCGCACUGUUUAUGAGCACCCUCAUGAGUAAGGUUCUUGCACUCCCCAAUGUCAAAUUGUUCAAUGCCACUUGCGUCGAAGAUUUGAUCACUCGUCCAACAGCCGAUGGAAGUAUUCGUGUUGUCGGAGUUGUCACGAACUGGACUCUCGUCACCCUGCAUCAUGAUAACCACAGUUGUAUGGAUCCUAACACCAUCAAUGCACCGCUUGUGAUCUCCACAACUGGUCACGAUGGACCAUUUGGCGCAUUCUGUGCUAAGCGUCUUGUGAGCAUGAACGCCAUUGAGAAAUUGGGUGGCAUGCGUGCUCUCGACAUGAACAGCGCAGAAGAUGCCAUUGUUAAAGGCACUCGAGAGGUCUCUCCUGGAAUCAUCAUUGGCGGAAUGGAGUUGUCAGAAUAUGAUGGCGCCAACCGUAUGGGACCAACAUUCGGUGCCAUGGUCUUGAGUGGAGUCAAAGCUGCCGAGGCUGCUCUUGAGGUCUUUGACACUCGCAAGGCUGAGUGUGCUGCAUGA